AUGGAAAGCCGUAGAAACAUCUCAGAAUUCAUUCUUCUAGGACUUUCUUAUGACCAGAACAUCCAAAUAUUUUGCUUCAUAUUCUUCUUCUUCUGUUAUCUUGCUCUGUUGUUGGGAAACCUUCUGAUCCUUGUCUCCAUUCAAUGCAGUCCUCUUUGUAGCCAACCAAUGUACUAUUUCCUCAGCCACUUAUCUUUCAUAGACAUCUGCUAUACGUCUAGUGUUACACCCAAAUUACUUGGAGACCUGCUAGCGGAAAGAAAGACCAUGUCCUAUGGUAACUGCAUGUUGCAGGUCCUUAUCAUGCACUUCUUCGGAGGCACUGAGAUCUUUAUUCUCACUGCCAUGGCCUUUGACCGCUACGUUGCCAUCUGCAAACCUCUCCACUACGUGAUGAUCAUGAACAGGACACGAUGCAACCUCCUGCUCUUGGCUGCUUGGGCUGGGGGCGCAGUCCGUGCCUUGCCUCAGUUUUUUACGGCGAUCCGGUUACCUUUCUGUGGUCCUAAUGAACUCGAUCACUACUUCUGUGGUAUCUUUCCUCUGCUAAAAAUCGCUUGGACUGACACCCACAUCACUGGUAUCCUUGUGAUUGCCUUUGCAGGUGUGAUUGCCUUAGUCACCUUUGCUGCGUUAUCUGUUUCUUACGGAAUUAUAUUAUUCAGCUUAAAAAACCGUUCGGCUGAGGGAAGACAAAAAGCACUUUCUACCUGUGGGGCUCAUAUCACCGUAGUCAUCUUAUUUUUUGUGCCUGUGAUCUUUAUUUACCUUAGACCUCCUACGACUUUUCCUGAAGACAAAAUAUUUGCACUCUUUUAUACUAUCAUUGCUCCUAUGUUCAAUCCACUGAUAUAUACACUGAGAAAUACAGAGAUGAAAACUACUUUGAAAAAAUUGAGUAUCAAAUGUUAUUUUCAAAGGAAGCGCACAGUUACUUUGAAGAGGCUUAUUGGCUAA